AGGACGUGCAUGUCAUGGUCUUCGUGGGUUUCGGCUUCCUCAUGACCUUCCUGCAGCGCUACGGGUUCAGCGCCCUGGGCUUCAACUUCCUGCUGGCGGCCUUCGGCAUCCAGUGGGCGCUGCUGAUGCAGGGCUGGUUCCACUCCUUCAAAGAUGGCCACAUCCUGCUGGGCGUGGAGAACCUCAUCAAUGCGGACUUCUGCGUGGCCUCUGUCUGCGUGGCCUUUGGGGCAGUCCUGGGCAAAGUAAGCCCGGUCCAGUUACUCAUCAUGACGUUCGUGCAAGUGACACUGUUCUCGGUGAAUGAGUUUAUGCUUCUCAACCUGUUGUUGGUCAAGGACGCGGGAGGCUCCAUGACCAUCCACACGUUCGGCGCCUACUUCGGGCUCACGGUGACCUGGAUCCUCUACCGCCGCAACCUAGAGCAGAGCAAGCGGCGGCAGACUUCCGUGUACCACUCUGACCUCUUUGCCAUGAUUGGCACCCUGUUCCUGUGGAUGUACUGGCCCAGCUUCAACUCGGCCGUGUCCUACCACGGGGACGCCCAGCACCGCGCCGCCCUCAACACCUACUGCUCCCUGGCGGCCAGCGUGCUGGCCGCAGUGGCCGUGUCCAGCGCGGUGCACAGGAAGGGCAGGCUGGACAUGGUCCACAUCCAGAACGCCACGCUGGCCGGCGGCGUGGGCGUGGGCACCGCGGCCGAGAUGAUGCUCAUGCCCUACGGGGCCCUCCUCGUGGGCGGCCUCUGCGGCGGCCUCUCCACGCUGGGCUUCGAGUUUCUGACGCCGUUCCUCGAGUCGCGGCUGCGCAUCCAGGACACGUGUGGCAUCCACAACCUGCACGGCAUCCCGGGCAUCGUGGGGGCCAUCGUGGGGGCCGUGACCGCGGCCUGCGCCACGCCCGACGUGUACGGGAAAGCAGGGCUUGUCCAUUCCUUUGACUUUGAAGGUUUAAAGCAGAACUGGACGGCGAAGACACAGGGAAAGUUCCAGAUAUUUGGGCUCCUCCUGACUUUGGCCGUAGCCCUGGUGGGCGGCAGCGUCAUGGGGCUCAUUCUAAGAUUACCUUUCUGGGGACAAGCUGCGGAUGAGAACUGCUUUGAGGACAGCGUCUACUGGGAGCCUAAGAUUGGCCCAGGGCUCUGACAUCUUUAAUAAACUUUCUUCUUUCGGAGCACAGUUCUUUUCCUCCUACUGGUAAAGUCGGCACAGGAGCUACCCAGACACCCCCGUGGGUUUGCUUAGCACCGGCCAACAGUCAGAACUGUUAGUGCUUCCCACUCCUGCUUCUGUUUCCAGCUCCGUCCUUCCCUCCAAGUUCACACCAUGGCUCCCACGUGCGGUUUAGAGCAGUAAAGUUCUGCAGGGACAGAGGCCGGCCGGAGCCUCGGGCAGUCCCUGUUCACCGGAGGAUGGAGCUCAGGACAGAUGACCGUGAGAGGCCAAGGCGGGGCUCAGCUGCCCAGCCUCUGUCCCCCAUCCCACGCUUGGACCUGUCCACAGCUGCCUCUCACGCCUCAGCUUCCAAAACUGGGUUCAGGGCUGGGAAGGUGGCUCAGGGGUAGAGUGCUCGCCUCCUGG